AACAAACACUUUGUUCGACAGACUACGCAAAUCCAUUUUUAGGUGAUAAGCAAAUAAUGGACCAGUCGCAGCACCAGCAGCACGGCGGCACAAUGCAGCAGCAGCAGCCCCGGUCUUACCAAGUGGUCAAGGCUGCCACUGCGGCCACCGCUGGAGGAUCGAUGCUCGUCCUUUCGGGCCUUAUCCUCGCGGCCACCGUGAUUAUGCUGACCAUAGCCACUCCUCUCCUCGUCAUCUUCAGCCCCGUCCUCGUCCCUGCUCUCAUCACCGUCGGUCUCCUCAUCACAGGCUUCUUGGCCUCCGGUGGAUUCGGCAUUGCAGCCAUCACCGUUCUGUCCUGGAUCUACAGGUAUGUGACGGGGAGGCACCCACCGGGAGCGGAUUCCCUCGACCAAGCUAGGAUGAAGCUAGCUGGGAAGGCAAGAGAAAUGAAGGAUAGGGCGACGGAGUUCGGGCAGCAGCAUGUUACCGGUCAGCAGACCUCUUAGAAAUAAGGGGACUCGCAGGCAGCUAUGCAUAAUGCAUGUUAGCUAGCUAGAGUAAGUAAUGGCGAGUCGUGGCCCGGCCGCAGAUGAAGGAUGUUGAUGAUGGAAUAUGAAUUUGUCAGAUUUUGAGGGUUCAUAUUUGGUUGCUUAAGCGUCUUUGUUCCUUUUGUAUCUCCCCCUGGGUUUAUAUUCUCGUGUUGCGUGUCUUUUUUUCGUAUGUUUCUCGAGUUUAAAAAUAAUAAUGAGCAAUUUUUGGUGGCUGCCUUGUAAUGUAAUUGAAUGU